ACACACACACACACACACACACAAUCCAAGUGACCUAGGUCCCGUCAAGCAACAAAUAUGAGGUAAGCCAAAAUCCGAACGGGGAAACGGAACGGCAAGAACUUCUAUGUUGGUACAAACCUGAAGCGGGAAUAGGAGCACCUGCACCAGAGCCGGAUACCACAAACACCGCAAGCGGGACGCCUCAUCAAACUCAAUUCUCAAACCCGAUGGCUGGAUUCCCUGUUGGCGACCGAACCUUAGAUACGGCACGAACGGGGAGGCUGAUUAAGUUUGAGUUGCACUGCCAUUGGAUUGGAUGGGAAUAGACGAAGCUGGGGAGAGAGGGGAGGGGAGGACAAGACCAGGCAGGACAGGGUGCGGGGUUAAUUUUUUGUACCCCAUCCAUAUGAUCUCCAUCCCUCCGGUUUCUCCAUCGACUUUUAUCUCAAACUGGAUCAGAAACAUCUCGAAGCAAUAUUUUGAAUCGGCUCAAUCAAAAACACCAAUAUCGACAUCAAUCGCAUUGAAUUGAAUUUCUUACCACCCAAGCAACUAUCUGAAAGUCAAACUCUCCAAUCCCCCCAAAAUGUCAGCCAUCCAGCGCGCCCUCGACGCCGGGGCCGUCCCGUCCCACGUCUCCAAUGUAUGCCCCCCAGGAACAAAAGCCUACCUCCUCGAAGUUGGCUGGCUCGAAUGCGACGAGGGAUUCGUCGUCCGCGGCGGCAACACCUCUCUCAAAUCCACCGAAGGCCAAACCUUUGUCAACAAGCGCCGCGAACUCCCCAUGUACUGCGUUCUGAUUGACCAUCCUCACGAGGGCGUAAUUCUCUGGGAGACGGGAUGUGGGAAGGAUUAUCCGGAGGUUUGGGGACCGCAGCUCAUUGAUGUUUUUACGAGGAUUAAGUAUGAGCCGAGACAUGAGCUGAAGGCGGCGAUUGAGGCGACGGGGCAUAAGUUGGAGGAUGUGAAGAAGAUUAUCCUCGGUCACAUGCAUCUCGACCACGCGGGAGGACUCGACAUGUUCAUGGACCGAAAAGACGUCGAAAUCUGGGUUCAUGAUAAAGAACUGAGAUCCGCUUUCUGGUCCGUAGCUACCGGUGCAGAUGUCGGUGUUUACAUGCCACAUUACAUGCAGCUGGGCUUGAACUGGAAAACUUUCGAUGAACGAGCAAUGGAUUUCUGCCAGGGAAUCACGCUUCAUCAUCUUCCUGGCCAUACUGAUGGUCUCAUCGGCAUGCAAAUCAACCUCCCAAACAGCGGCACAUUCUUCUUCAUCAGUGACCACUGCCACGUAAUCGAGAACUGGCGCGACGGUAUUCCUCAAGGUUGGCUAGCACGUGACCAUCCAGCCUGGUUCCAGAGUACACAGAGAUUGAAGCGCUUGGAAGCUACGACGAAGGGGAGGGUUAUCCCGGGUCAUGAUAAAGAGACGUUUUUGAAGCUGCAGAGUGAGAUUAAGGAUUAUUUGAGCUAGGCGGGUAGGAUUGUUGUUGGGGAUUUAAUUGGAUUUGUGUUUGAGAAUUUGUGCUGGGAUUUGAUUUGGGUUUGGACUUUCGAUUCUAGGUUUUGGACUGUUGGGUUGUGAUAAGUUUGGGUUGGGAGCAGGAGUUUAGGAUAAGUAGGUAGGCAGGCAGUUUUGAUGUACCAGUAU